CUAGCCCCGCCGAGGGCUCGGGGGCUGCGCGGGGGCUCCGCGCCGGGCUCCUCUCCUGCCCGGCUCCGGAGCCCGCCCCGCGCGGCCCGGGAGGGGAGGGGAGCGGAAAAUCUUGCUGACACAGCCCGCGGACUGGGCAGACUCCAAGAGAGUGGAGACUUAUCCAGAAACGGGGAUAACUUACGCGCGCGCGCGCGCACACACCUGGACGCCUCUGGAAACUUGGUGGCUCGGCUCUGCCCGGGUCACUGACCGGCGCGGCUCGGGCCGUCCCGAGGCUGUGCCUGUGUACACACCGCACACACGUAGGCAGACAGACCAAACGCCCGCACCGCGCGCCGCCCGCCUUCCGCAGGCUCCCCCACGUUUAUGAAUUAAAGUCCGCUGGGACGGCCGGGAGGCGCCCGUCUCCCUUGGCUCCUCCUGUCCGGGUUCCCGGGUGGGCGCGGCGGGAGGGCUGCUCCUCUCUCUGCGAGCAAAAGCAGGCGAUCUGAAGCCAGGGGCUGGCUGUCUCCCCGGGUCCCCGCCUCGGCCUUAGCUGAGAAACCCCUUUUGGCAGCCCUGCCUCGGCGCUCUCAGAGCCUGUGAACCUGGACUGGUACUGGGGUCCGAGGCAGGGACGCUGAGGAGCUCCCUUCCACCCCAGCCCUUCCAUCUCUGCGAAGGAACAGCCUCGGGGGUCUCUGGCAAGUGUAAUAAUUCCAGGUUCCAAACUUAACGAUCCAGCGCCCUUAUCACUUGCCCCCAUCGGAGCCACCACCGAAACCCUGAUAAGAUCCAACUGCCUUGGCCACUGCUGAAUGGCCCCAACAGGGAAGUAGCAGCAUUCCCAGACCAGGAACUAUACACCCCUCUCUCCGAUUAUUAAUGAUUACAAUUCUGGGAGGCACUCGCUGCGCAGCAACAGGGUUUCUGGGUUCCCUGGUUUCUUCCUGUCCAGCAGUUCCAGCAGGGUCAAACCAUGACCGCCGGGUUAAGGAAGAUCCUGCUGCCGCCGCCGCUACUGCUACUACUGCUGCUUUGCCAGGGUGCCCAGGUGCAAGGAUGCCCCGCAGGCUGCCAGUGCAACCAGCCACAGACUGUCUUCUGUAUUGCCCGGAAGGGCACCACAGUCCCUCACGAUGUGCCCCCAGACACAGCCGACCUGUACGUAUUUGAGAAUGGCAUCACCACCCUGGAUUCAGGAAGCUUUGUGGGCCUCCCUGCCCUGCAGCUGCUUGACCUGUCCCAGAACCAGAUUGCCAUUCUCCAGGGGGGAGUCUUUCAGCCCCUUGCCAACCUCAGCAACCUGGACCUCUCCUCCAAUCAGCUGCAGGAGAUCACCAAUGAGACGUUCCGGGGCCUCCGCCUGCUGGAGCGCCUCUACCUGUCCCACAACCGCAUCCACCACAUCCAGGUGGAUGCCUUCGACACCCUGGAGAGCCUUCUAGAGCUGAAGCUGGAAGACAACCAGCUCCACGUGCUGCCCCCUUUGCGCCUGCCUCGCCUGCUGCUGCUGGACCUCAGCCACAACCGAAUCCCGGCCCUGGAGGCGGGCACCUUUGGGAUGAGCAACAUAGAGUCGCUGAAGCUGGCCGGCCUGGGGCUGAGCCGCCUGGAGGAGGAGCUGUUCGCGGGCCUCCGGAACCUGCACGAGCUGGACGUCUCCGAGAACCAGCUGGAGGCAGCCCCGGCCAUGCUGCGGGGGCUCCGGGGCCUGACCCGCCUCACUCUGGCAGGGAACACCCGCAUCACCCAGCUGCUGCCCGACGACCUGGAAGGCCUGACCAACCUGCAGGUGCUGGACCUCAGCAACCUGAGCCUGCAGGGCCUGCCCCGGGACUUCUUUAGCCGAUUCCCCCGGCUCCGAGAAGUCACGGCUGCCCGGAACCCCUUCAACUGCGUGUGCCAGCUGAGCUGGUUUGGGCAGUGGGCCAGAGAGAGCCGGGUGAUGCUCUGGAGCCCCGAUGAGACGAGGUGCCACUUCCCCCCCAAGAACGCAGGGAAGCUCCUGCAGCACCUGGACUACGCCGACUUUGGCUGCCCGGCCACCACGACCACCGCCACCACGGCCCGGCCUUCCACCCCCUGGCCCACGCUGCCCCUCACCAGCCUGCCACCAGUGGCACCCAGCACACAGGUGCCCACGGCGGCCCCUCCGGGCGGGGACGGCCCCAGCCCGCCCUCUGCUGCGGCACCCACCGGCAGCACGGGCGCCCAGCCCGAGGGCUGCCCCGCCCACACCUGUCUCAACGGCGGCACCUGCCGGCUCAGCACCUGGCACCACCUUGAGUGCUUGUGCCCCGAGGGCUUCUCGGGCCUCUACUGUGAAGCAAAGACCAAGUGGCCCACCGAGCCGCCGCCCACCAGGCUGCCAGUGCGGGUCCCCCAGCUCGGCAUCGAGCAGGUGAGCGCCACCGCCCUGCGGGUCAGGCUGAAGAACUACACCCAGAACAAGGCCCAGCUCAAGGGCCUGCGGCUGACUUACCGCAACCUCUCGGGCCCCGACAAAAGGCCCGUGACCCUCAGCCUCCCUGCCACGCUCUCAGACUACACGGUCACCCAGCUACGGCCCAACGCCACUUACUCCAUCUGCAUCGGGCCCCUGGGCGGCGCGCGCGGACCCGAGGGCGAGGAGGCCUGCGGAGAGGCCCGCACUGCCCCAUCUGUGCGCUACAACCACGCCCCCGUCACGCAGGGCAAGGAGGGCAACCUGCCGCUCAUGAUCGUGCCCGCCCUGGCGGCCCUGCUCCUGGGGGUGCUGGCCGCCGCGGGGGCCAUGUACUGCCUGCGCCGAAGGCAGGCCCAGGACAAGGCGCGAGGCCAGCGCGGGGCAGAGGCCGGGCCCAUGGAACUGGGCGGGGUGAAGGCCCCGCUGGAGGACCCGGGCUCCAAGGUGCCUGAGGGCGGCGGGGUGCCAACAGCGGGCUCUGAGUGCGAAGUGCCGCUCAUGCACUACGCCGCUGGCAAUAACAACAGGGCCCCCGUUCCCAAGCCCUCCUACUUCUGAACCCUGCCUACUCAAGGGAGCCACCGGGCUCCGAGGGCUUUCUCCGGCAGCCCCGCUGUACCCUGGCCACGCAGGCUGUGAGGUGUGCGGCGGUCAGCCCCGGGCGGCAAGAAGGGCCCCGGGCUGGGAGUUAGGAGCCCUGGCUCUGCCGCAAACUGCUGCGCUCUCUGGACCUCAGUUUCCUCAUCUGUAAAAUGAGGGCAUUGGGCUUGAUGAUCUUCAGGAUCAUUCCAGCUUUGUAGAGUCUCUGAUCUUAGCUCCCCUCACCCAUCCCCAACGAGAUGCAAUCUCCUGGAGUCACACAGCCUCACCCUCCUCUGUACCCUCUCUCAUGUCCGCAAGCCUCCUGGGGUGGGGAGGGCCUGGGGGGCCCCCUGUGUGCUGGUAACACAGGCGCGAGCUUCUCAGGGGGUAGCUCCUGCCGACUCCCCUCCUCCUGAGAGGUCUUGGGGGGAGGAGAGGGGAGGGUACAAAAAAUGAAGGAAAUCUUGGGGGAGUUGGAGUAGGGUCCGGGCAGGGAAGAUACUCCUCAAAGGUGUGGACUGCAGCUUCAGCCGUGAGGAAGUGAAGGAACAAAAGAAACUGGAAAGAAGAUUAAGGACUUUUUUUUUUUUUUGGAAAAAAUAUUUAUAUCAUAUUCUUUCCCAUUUCUUCUGGGAAAGCACUUUUCAAACCCAGAGGCAAGGACUUUGGUUUUUGUAAGACAGAUGAUGACAUGAAGGCUUUUUGUAAUAAAAAGAAAUAAAUGAAAUAAAAUCAGACA